UCCCUACCAGGUAUUGUCAGGGAAGAGCGAGACACAAAGGACUUUCUCAGAUCCAUGAGCACAAGGAAAUGUUACCUGUGAGAGCUAGAGCAAAAAGGAAAGGAGUUAGAGCAAAAGAUGCGAAGGGAAUCUUACCCCUGAUGAUACUAAUGGUGAUAAUUUUCCUGCUGCUUCUGUUCUGGGAAAACGAGCUGGAGGAUGAAGGAGUGGCGUCGACUUUAGAGCAGUUGCAUGUGGACUACCCUCAGAGUGACAUUCCUGUAAGGUACUGCAACUACAUGAUCUUGCAAAGAAUCAUCAAGGAACUUGACAACACCUGCAAAAACGAGCACGUCUUCAUCCAUGAGAGGCCUCGAAAUAUCAAUAGCAUUUGCGCUUCUCCUAAGAAGGUGGCUUGCCAAAACCAUUCCAACAUUUUAUGCUUCCAGAGUGAGACAAAGUUCAAAAUGACAGUCUGUAAGCUCAUUGAAGGCACAAGAUAUCCUGCCUGCAGGUACCACAUUUCCCCCACAGAGGGGUUUAUUCUUGUCACUUGUGAUGACAUGGGGCCAGUUAAUUUCCAGAGCUAUGUUGAAUAACUUGAUACCAGUGCCUGAGUCUGAGAUCUUCUCUUCCCCUCUCUCAAGGGCACUGGUGCUGGUUCUUCCUGAAGCACACCUGAACUGUGGACAUGGGGUAAUGCCUUGAGUAAAAAGGGUAGCUACUGGUAAUUCACUUAACCUUCCAGUAUUGCUGAGCUGGAAUCUUUUUAUUUUACUUCAAUAAAAAAAAUUUUCUCUACUGAAUUAAAC